AUGGAAAAUGCUCCCAUGAAAAAUUGGGAGUUAACCCUUUACGAGCUGCAACGCAAACCACAAGAACCUAUCACCGAUGGAACUGAGAUCGCUGUUAGCCCCCGAAGUCUGCAAAGCGAGCUGAUGUGUCCAAUUUGCCUGGACAUCCUCAAGGUUACAAUGACGACCAAGGAGUGCCUGCAUCGCUUUUGCUCCGAGUGCAUCGUAACUGCCUUACGGAGUGGAAACAAAGAAUGCCCCACGUGUAGGAAAAAGCUCGUUUCAAAGCGUUCUCUUCGGCGGGAUCCGAAUUUCGAUGCCCUGAUUGCUAAGAUUUAUCCCAGUCGAGAGGUGUGUGAAUGAGAUUUGAAGCUUCUCUGUCUUGUUAGAAAUGGUUUUUUGGUCGUUUUUUUUGACAGAUUAGUACUUUUGCCAGUAGUUGGAAGUGAUUAUUUUCUAUUCAGGCUGCACUUCUCUUUAGGAGUACGAGGCACAGCAGGACAAAGUUCUUGCGAAACUUAACAAACAACACAGGAGCGCUGUAAUGACCCACUCCAUCGACCAGCAAAUGGGUUUCGAAGGUCACCACUCUGACUUACUAUACCGCAGUAGACGGAACUUGGAAUCACUGCGCUUGGUUGGGAACAGGGCAAGUGCCGAAUCUGUUGCCAGUGAAGAUGAUGCGGCCUCUACGGUCAGUAUAGUUUUUGUUCUUGUGCCUUCAGGUUAUCCUAUUAACACCGCUUGUCUGGUAGUCCGCCUUAAAAGUGUGACUUGCUAACUUUCGACCGAGAGUUUGAAUCUCCCGACAUGUUGACUUGAUGUUAGUCAUGUCUGUUCUUACUUCCUCUUCUUUCUCCAUUUGCCCUCAUUCGAAAUUGAACGACUUUAGACCUGGUUUUUCCGGAAGUCUGCAUUCCAUAUGAUAGCCCCCUAAUACCCGUACCCAGGCCUUUCCUGAGUUGAUGGUGGAGUUGCAGCACGCACAAUCGUAACACAAUGACGGUGGCGGUGGCAAGGACUUUGAGAAACGAAUGGUAACCGUCAUUGUGUAUUCGAAGCUCACUUUAAAGAUGCCUACUACCUUAGAAGCCCUUGAGGACGAUUACUCCCGAAGAGAUAGCUCAAUGCUCACCUUAACUGACGGUCACCCUCCCACAUCUUCCUUUACAUUGAAGGAUUUUGUAGUAAUGCCGACAGUAGUUGGGAGGCUUACCGUCUACCCUGUAUCCUAUGCGUGUUCUAAUCAUUUCUGCCCUGUGAUUGCUUCAGGCGGGAAGUUUAAAUCACCGGAACUCGCGAGUUAAUUCGGACGCUGAGAGUGUUGUGGACACCAAUUCUGUGGGUGGCGCUAGCUCAACUUGUGCCUCGGAGGGCGCUCGUCGCGGCGGUGGACUGGAGAGGACCCCGGGCUCUGCUGCCGCUGUCGCCUCCGCACAAUCGCCCGCCGUUGUGCCUGAGAUAGAACUCCUCCUACGUCCGUACCCUCUUCCACAUCCACCACGUCUCAAGACGAACGGCCAACCUACAACCAAUUUUAACAGCUACUCCUCCGAUCAAGAGGACGGUCAGCGGACUAACGCCUCCAGCCCGCGGGCCCACUCAGCGGAAGUCAGCGAGGGUUCCUGUUGUGGUCUGGCUCCAGCUGUGAAGUAUUUAAAGGCACCCUCCAUCACUACGAGUAAUUCUUAUAUUUUUCCUAUCUUGGGAGUCAUUAUUUAGAGCUGGCGCCGACUGCCUUAGAUUCCCCUCACCCGCAGCGGUUAAUGCAGGUCGAAGAGCCAGUCUAACGUGUUUCACGGUGCGAAACCUUCAGCAAAAUAGAAAUCUAUAAGUAGGAAAAAAUUCAUUUUCAAACCCAACUCCCCACAAUACAUUUCCUCUACAUGUAGGACCCUUUCUUAGGUCCCGCGUCGACACACGACGCGUGUCAAGUGCCUCUGUGACUAUUGUUGUUCGAAUUACGAGCGCAGCCAGUUCUAAAGAACUAGUAGUACACAUAGAUCUGUACAAUAAACCAUUAUCAAUGUGUUCUCCUUCCCUUUCUGCCAUGUUUUUUUUCAUCCACGUUUUUCUCAGCAAAGCUAUUCUUUUAUCUUUUAGUCGACCACCUUUGUCGCUACCUUUCGGUUCGACUCAAUUUACAGAAGAUUAACAAAGAUGUGUCAGGUAAGUCUCAGCCUACUUAUGGGCGCCCGCUGCCCUCAAUGUACGAUUUGUGACAUAUAUCAGAGAGCAUAUGGCGAAUGGUGGGGGACUCACUGACAAGCCGAACCCCUCGCACCUGCGUCAUGCAGCGGCAGAAGAUCGACGAAGCACGCGUGUAUGGGCUUUUAGGUGGCACCUGUGCUGUUAGAAUGGUGACUCACGCAACUGACCGCCCAUUGGAAGCUGAUGAGUAUUACGCGAAUAUCCUGUUAAAGCUGGUGGUUUCCGGAUCAAAUACUCAUAUAAACUUUCGAAACAAACCUAUCAAGCUUCCUUCCUAAUGAUUUACUCCAAGUUAGCACAUUAAUCUCUGAGGAAAUUUAAAGGCUGAAAUUUGGAAACUGCAACACGCAUUGGAAAGUCCACUGGAAGCGCUAGCGAACCCACUGAUAUGCCGAACCCGUUGCGCUGUGUUAUACGGCGGCAGAAAAUCGGCGAAACCUGUCUGGACAAUUAGGUAGUAGUACGUCUGUUGUUAGUGUGGUGAGCCACACAACAUUUGUAAAUUACAUUCGCAUAAUUGCUGGAUGUGAACGACACACUGCCUGUUGCUAAGCUAGCACGAAGCGCUUUUGAAAACACCUAAGCGCCUUGGCUUGUCUUACGUGGCCAGUGGCCAGUGCGUCCUUCCCAAAAAUCACGUGUAAAGAGUUUUGCUGAGGAGAACUAGGGAGACUUUUCGAUCGUCUCCAGAGGUUCCGGAUCUGUGAGCCGGGGGCGGGGGGAGGCUCUAGUGCAAAAUGGACACCGUGUAUUUCGCCCUAGAUUUCGGUGAACAUCGCCAUCCCAUCCGAUUAAAUGUUUCCGACAACAACCGAUAAGGCUUUGCCUUGCAUUGGACCUAAUCCCAAAUCCGAGACUUUCCCGACUUGUCGCUGGGAAAUGGCUGUCUGACAACGGAACAUGAACCAGGCACGGUCCCUUUUUCCUUCUUUGUUUCCGGGUAUUCCCUCAAUUCUGGGCUGAAUCUUUCUAAGCGUCAGUUAAAUCCACUGCGUUCUCAGGUGAAAGGCGUGGAUCGACCCUUUAUUUGCAUUUCAAUCUAACGCACCCUAUCUCACCGAUAAGCUUAUCUGACCCACUUCCUUCAUUGCCCAUGUCUGUGAAGAAUUGCAAGCGCUCUUUUGGCUCGGCUAUCCUGUUGGUUUGACUUUGGGCCAGUGCAUAGUUUGUUUUCCAGAAACUGAGGCUUUUCCACCCACCAACGAAGUGUCUUGUUUCAGACAAUGAAGCCCAGUUCGCCCUCUACUACUAUGAUGACGCAACAGCCGAAUACGUUCGCCUCCAACCCAACGUUACCAUAGAAGAAGUGAGUCGGAUCUACUGGAACGGCCAAAGAAACCUAGAUUUUUACUAUCUGCGCGAGUUCUAA